AUGGAAACGUGGUACAACAUUUGGAGCAGCACUCAGAGACACGACCUACGGAUACUUCACAGUAAACUACGUUCUAACAACCUCAUGCUUACCGAUGCUGAUGACACAAUGCACAAAACUGACUCACCAACCGAACAUCGUGAUCGACUUUUUAUUGGAGAAAUAAGGCGUGAUUGGGAGCCCAAACGAGUGGAGGCGUUUCUCCGGGGUCUGCUUCCUGAUGCGAUAUCAAUUGAUGCGUACGCCGAAGGAAGUCCUCUUGUACGAAAUCGUGGAUUCGCAUUCGUUAGCUUUGCCGAUGUUGGGGCAGCAGUACGUGCAAAGGAAAAACUUUUGAAUUUACCCGUAAAGAUGGGUGGACGUGCACUAACUGUGGACUGGGCUCGAGCAGAACACACUGUCUCCGCGGAGAUUAUGAAGACGGUUGCCAACUUGUUUAUACGGAACAUAGCGCCGGGUACGUCCGAAUACGCACUGAAGCAGCUGUUUGGCGCAGAGGAAGCCGGAGUAGCUCGAGUGAAAAUUCAACGGACAUUCGGGUUCAUACGUUUCCACAAACGAGCUCAGGCGGAAGCGGCUCUGGAAAAACUCAACGGAGCAGUCCUGAAUGGUAGCCGACUGGAAGUUUGUUGGGCUCGUCCUCCUCCUCCUGGAAGGCGAUCGAAAAAAACACCGCCAGUGGUACGACAUCAACCUGUCCCACUUCCACAACAAAUUCUCCAACAUCCAGUUUCAACACACACUUAUGAAGGGUUUCCUCUACAACAAAUUGAAGCUCCCCUCUUCACGCCUCCACUUCUCGAUAUUUCUCUGCUCACGCCGGCAAACACUCCGGUCACAAACACCCCAAUGCCAUCUUCUGUGGUGUCCGCUGUGCCGAUAGCCUACUUUGCUCCACCGCCACCUUUGCCUCUUCAGGCAACUCCAGCUAUGGAUCAGUCGGCUAUGAUUACGUCCUUUUCUGAACGCGUUCGCAGUCUUGGCUUAGGUGAACUUCGUACAAUGACUUCAUCUGUACUCCUCAACAAUCUCGUCUUUUAUACAACUGCGAUAUUUAUUGGCUGUAUUCGAGUUGACGGCCCGCUCGCACCAUCCAAACCAGAUGCGGAACGGAACGCGAUCGCUUUCGCUUCCAGGUUCUUCAAUAUUCCGUCAUGUUGA